ACGAGACCAAAGACGAACCAUUUCAAAACAGGUUCCGCUUUUAAUGAAACAUCCAACCUGGGCAAUUCUUGAGGUGUCCUCAAUACCGCCACAAGAUGGCGGCGGUGCAUCCCAAUAACCGUCGAAGAAGAAAAAGGCGGAAGUCGGCGUUGCUUCAAGACGUCGACCGGGGACGUCUUGAUGAGGGAGGUGGGUAUGAAGGGGACAAAAAACACGAACAAAUUGAAAUAGGGAGUGACUAAGAACACAUUCUGACCGUUCAGCGGAGCAAUGGCGUCGCGCGAGGAGAACGAGCGACCACAAGAGCAACUGCGAGGUGCUGCCAAGAAUCACAUCGAGUUGUCCGGCCGAGACAUCCAGCAGCUGAUUGUCCUUCGGGGAAAGGUGGCCCCCAGCUCCACUUUCCCUCGUGAGGGUCCACAGCCGCGUCACAUCAAUGAGGAUGAAAAAGAUUCGCCGCCCCUUCACUCUCAAGAGGAAGAAACCGAUGCACGGCCAAUUUAUGGUGAAGACGAAGAGGAGGAGCCAUGGCCCCCGGGCAUUAAAGAGGAAGACGAGGAGUUGGAUGUCGGCACGCUGGCGCCGACCGGCGUCCGCGUGAAGGUCGAAGGCGAGCCAGCCGAACGGACGCGGCGUCAUCAUCGCGGCGGGGCGGGACAGUCACCGGACAAGCUCUCGGCACCGCUGUCGGACAGCGACGACGCGGAGAGCGACGCCGACUCUGAAGGUGACGACCAACAGUGGAGGCGCGGCAAGAACCGCGAGGCGACUUCACGAGUGCCUCCCGAAAAUUUGACCUGCUCAGUUUGCGGUGACCCCUUCGGCGAACGGUCAACACUGGCUCGCCACUUGAGGACGCACAGGAAGGAAAAGCUCCUCCGCUGCCCUUUGUGCGGCAAAAGGUUCUCUCACAAGACUCAAGUGGUACAACACAUGAGAGUCCACACGGGAGAAAAGCCUUUCUGUUGCUCCGUUUGCGGCAAAACCUUCUCGAAUCAGUCCAACAUGGUGAAACACAUGAGAACGCACACGGGGGAAAAACCCUACGGUUGCCCGGUGUGCCAGAAGAAAUUCUCCCAGACGUCGCACAUGGUCACCCACAUGAAAAUCCACACGGGGGAAAGACCUUUCGGCUGCUCCGCCUGCGGGAAAAGAUUCGCCCUGAAGCGAAACAUGGCAGCGCACGUGAGAACGCACACGGGAGAGAAACCUUUCGGUUGUUCCGUAUGCGGGCAAGCCUUCUCGCAGAAGCGACAACUGGGGCGACACAUGAGCGCGCACACGGGGGAGAGCCCCUUCGCCUGCUCCGUUUGCGGGAAGACCUUCACCCAAAAGCAAAAUCUGGUCUCGCACACGAGAACGCACACGGGAGAGAAACCUUUCUGUUGCCCCAUUUGCGGGAAAACCUUCUCAAAUAAAUCCAACAUGUCCAAACACACGAGAACGCACACAGGGGAGAAACCCUUUCGCUGCUCACUGUGCGGCAAAACAUUCUCCCAAACGUCGCACAUGGCAACGCACAUGAAAAUGCACACGGGGGAAAAGCCUUUCUCUUGCUCGGUUUGCGAGAAGAGAUUCGCGCUGAAGCGAAGCAUGGUCGCGCACCAGAGAACGCACACGGGCGAGAAACCCUUCCGGUGCUUAAUUUGCGGCAAAGCAUUCUCUCAAAAGCGGCAACUCGCACCGCAUAUGAAAACGCACACGGGGGAAAAACCCUUUUGUUGCUCGUUCUGCGACAAAACAUUCUCCCAAAAGUCGCACAUGGCGUCACAUGUGAAAAUACAUACUGGGGAAAGACCGCACAGCUGCCUGAUGUGCGGUCAAACAUUUAUUCAGAAGCGCAGUCUGGUGCUCCACACAAGAACGCACACCGGAGAGAAACCCUACGGUUGCUCGUUGUGCACCAAGACGUUCUCUCACAAGUCAUGCGUGGCGUCGCACAUGAGGAUACACACGGGGGAAAAACCCUUCCGUUGCUCAUCGUGCGACCAAUCUUUCAUUCAGAAACACAGUCUGACGUCACACAUGAGGACACACACUGGGGAAAAACCAUUUAGCUGCUCCACUUGUGGGAAGGCAUUCUCCCAAAGGCCACACCUGGUAUCACACAUGAGAACACACACGGGAGAAAAACCCUUUUGCUGCUCACUUUGUGGUAAAAGAUUUUCCCAUAGGUCCAACAUGGUCAAACACAUGAGGACGCACACAGGAGUAAAAAGCUCGCUGGAAAUUGGCGCUCACGGAACAGGUUUGACUGUACACAAACAACUGAAGAUGAAUGUUUAGGGGGGAAAAUCAAACAACAAAAAUAAAAGGGGAGUCCCCGAGAUGUCGCUGAAUUGGAAACAUUGUCUUCACUUGCUGAAUGAUAUUAUUCUCAAGAUCUGCAAAAGUUCGAUUUAGUUGUGCAAUACGGUGAUUUUCCGACCGUGCUACGCAGGCUCCCUCUAGUGGUAGAUGAAUGGAAUCACUGAAUUCAGUAACAACAAAAUGUGCUGAAAAUAUUAGAAUGAAGCUUUUAGCAAUGCAAGCCUGUUUAAUUUUUUUUUCAUCCGGUAAGUGCAUUUUUUUUUACUUAUGUACAUUUUUUUCCUCUGUGAAAUAAAAUAUCUUUCCGCAUCAGCAUUUAAUCAUCACAGAUUUUCGUUUUUUUGGGGAGGGAUAUAAUAGUCAUUUGAUUUUUAUGAGCAGUACAUAUGUUCAUUGAAUUGUUUAAAUCUUAAAUCAUCCCCAUUUGUAAAUCCACCGUGCAACUUUUUAAAUGUCCUCUUCUCGUGUAUUAUCUUUUAACCAACACAAGCAACAAAUUAAUCCGUAAUCCACUAAAUAA